AACCAAUGUUAGUCUUCAUGUGAUUCAGUCUGCAGAAACACCAAGAAAAGAAAAGUACUUUAAUGGUUGGAACUGCCCGCCCCAACCUACAUUACUGCCCUUGCAGAUACAGCCUGAUGAUCACCAGUGCCAUGGGAGCGGUGCGAGUCAACAGAUACAGCAUCGUUUCCACAGAUGAAGAUGCCGUGAAGAUCUCCACCCUGGGCCUCCACAAUGGCCACAGUCCUCUGACUCAGCAGGCACUAAUAGGGGCCUGCAUGCGAGGUGAAGACGGAGGAGGAGGAGAGUGUCCAGGAAGCGAUGAAGGAAGAGGGGCGUUGUCUCUGAGAGUGACAAAUGAGCCAAUCGUCCACAACAGCUGCCGUGCUUCACCUUCAUGUCGUCUGGGCCUGGAUCUGGGCACCGGCCGCCUGCGCAGCCGCUUUGUGAAGAAGAAUGGCCAGUGCAACGUGGUGUUCAAUAACAUGGAGGAUAAGCCACGGAGAUACCUGGCUGACAUUUUCACUACCUGUGUGGACAUACGCUGGCGCUACCUGCUGCUUGUCUUCACCACCACCUUCCUUCUGUCUUGGCUGCUGUUUGGCCUGAUCUUUUGGGGAGUGGCACUGGCCCAUGGAGACUUUGAAAUUCGCAUUCCCGUGAAGGAAGGGGAUCCUCGGAGCACCGCAGAGGGAGAACCAGAUGAAUGGCGGCCAUGUAUUCUCCAUAUUCAGGGCUUUAUUGGGGCAUUCCUCUUCUCCAUUGAGACCCAGACCACCAUUGGAUAUGGUUUCCGGUGUGUCACUGAAGAGUGCCCAGUCGCUGUGGUGACUGUGGUGGUCCAGUCCAUCGUGGGCUGCAUUAUUGACUCCUUCAUGAUUGGCACCAUCAUGGCAAAGAUGGUGCGGCCCAAGAAGCGGGCACAGACCUUGCUGUUCUCGCAUCAUGCCGUCAUCGCACUGCGUGAUGGUAAGCUGUGCCUCAUGUGGCGCCUGGGGAACAUGCGCAAGAGCCACAUAGUUGAGGCACAUGUGCGUGCCCAGCUCAUCAAGCCACAUGUGACGGCGGAGGGAGAGUACCUCCCUUUGGAGCAAACAGACAUUGAUGUUGGCUAUGAUGAUGGGCUGGAUCGGCUGUUUCUCGUGUCACCACUGGUGGUGGUCCAUGAGAUCAACAAGAACAGUCCGCUGUAUAAUCUGAGCCACACCGACCUGCAGAAAGAGGACUUUGAAAUUGUGGUCAUCCUGGAGGGGAUGGUGGAGGCCACAGCUAUGACCACUCAGGCCCGUAGCUCCUACUUGGCCAAGGAGAUCCUGUGGGGUCACCGCUUUGAGCCCGUGGUGUUUGAGAAGGGCGACCGCUACCAUGUGGACUACUCCCGCUUCCAUAAGACCUACGAAGUGCCAUCUACGCCUCACUGCAGUGCCAGGGAACUGAGCCAGAUGACGGGUCGUGGCAGGCAGUCCUCAUCCUCCACCGCCAGUUACUCCCGGUCUCCGUCACCGUUUGCCCCAAGGGCAGCUCGCCACCUAUUGGGCCCUCACUCCCCCAGCGCUUUCUGCUACGAGAACGAGGUAGCCUUGUGCUGUGGGGAUGAUGAGGAAGAGGAGGAUGACAAAGAUGAGGCAGUGAGUCUAGGCGUUAGAGGUGACAGAGAGGCAAAGUUGAGAGAUGACAUUCACUUGGGAUUCAAGGAGACAUUUGUGGAGGAGCAGACGGUGGAGAUGCUGUGUGUGCUGGACACAGAGAAUCAGAUCAGCCUCGACAGACUACAGCCCACCCUACCUUUAUACAUCAGCAGAGAGUCAGGAGUUUAAAGCCAAUCAAUGGGUAAUGGCUGCCCUUCUAUUUGUUUCCUCUCUCUGUCUGCGUGCAACCAAAGUAUUGAACUAGUGUUACAAUGAAAGAUGAAGGACAUAAUUUAAACUGUACAUCUCGUGAAAGAGAGGGAUUUUUUUUUUUGCAGCUGUCACAAACUUCAUGCAGCUUUAGCUCAUAACUUGCUCUGGUUUCAGGUAUUGUACAUUUUCAGUUGUAACAUCAGCAUCUAAGCAACACACAGCUCAUCUACUUUUAAAUGUGGUGACCAGGUAUUUCUCUCAAAUCAUGAGGUAUCUUGAAAACUUUCUUGCUUUCUUGUUUUAUUCAAUAUGACCUGUGUAUGAAUUAAGUCAAGCCUUCUGUUCUUGAUUUCCAAUCAGUUUUUGUAAAUAUGGUGUGUUUUUGUUUCAAUUUAAAAAUGAUCACUUUAGCUCUGAUUUAUACAUCAUAUACAGAUAAAUGUUAUGAGAGAAAAACUAUCUUAUUUUAAAGGAAGCAUGACAAAAAUGCUCAAACCUCUACACAUUUAUUUUCUCUGUAUAAAAAUAAAUGAUUUCUGCAUUUUG